GGUACUGGGGUUUAGAGCCCAUGUCCUGUGCUGGACUCCGACUUCAGUCCCCCGCAGGACAGGGGAAUAGAACAACCAGAUUAGCACAGAGAGGAAGAGCCACCCACAGCUCCCCUCGCUCUCAGUCUACCAUGGGACAAUGUGACACAGAGAGCAGCACUCCAGGCACACCCCACCCCAGACAGGGACGGCACUUGAGCAGGGUACACUCCAGCCACCCCACGGCCCAGCAGGCUGGGGACAAGGGCACGGUGUGGCAUCCUGGGACUGUGAGGUGCAGCUGGGACAUUGGCACGAGGCUCAGCAGGUCAGAGACUGCCCUUUCAAGGGCCCGAGGUUUGGUCAGUCAGAGGAAGGCAGGUCAGUGUUUUCUACCUCUCCAGGGCCGUGGCAGCCCCUGUGGGACUGGGGACAGUGGGCUCAGACAAGGCUGUCCUCACAGGGCACUCAGCAGCCACCACCAGACACCAGGUUGGCUACCAGCACUUGCUUAACCUUGAGCAGCUCAAGAAGGCCAAGCUGCAUGUGGAGAUGGCCAUUAAGGAGAAGAAGAUCUUCACAGUACAGGGCCCCUACCCCAUCAUCCGGCGCCUGAUGCGAGCCCAGGGCUGGGUGGAGAGGAAGGUCCCCAGCACGGGCAGACGGAUGGUGAAGCAUCGUGGUGACCAAGACAAGCAGCGGCAGGAGACAGGGCCAAGUAAUGGUGGUGGUGGGCAGGAGGAGGCACUGCUGAACCCAGGUGGGGGGGCACAGCCUUUUCUGGGGACCACACAGCCCCCGCACUACCCAUGGCGACCUGCUGAGGAGGAGGAAGAGAAGGAGGAAGAGCAGUGUGAUGAGGACCCCAACGGCAUCCAUGACCUCAUGUCCUACCUGGUGCGGGACCAGUUGCCAAACUUCAUCUGGACCAACUUCCUUGAGGCCACUGACCAUCAGCUGCUGCAGCAGGACAACGUGGUGAACCACUAUGCCCGGGUGGAUGCAUUCACCACCAAGGAGGGGCUGUGCCUCAGCCUACAAAACCUGCCGUGGAUUGAGCAAGCUGACCCCAACACCUUCUUCCCCCGGUGCUACCGGCUGGGGAACGUGGAUGAGCGGGAAACUUUCAUUGAGGAUUUCUGCCUGACAGCAGCACGAAGCCUGCUCAAAUUGGCUCUGGAGGAGGCUGGGGACAGGCCAGUGGGGACUGAACAGGUCCCAAACAAUGCCAAGGGGGCAGGAUGGCCAGCCUCCCCCCUGUACCCUGAGCUGGUGGAGGAAGCCCUGGAGGUCUGUAGGCAGCACCUGGGCGUUCUGCAGCACCACGACAUCGACAGGAACACCCCGUCCCCCUGCAGGACAUGCAUUGACUGGGACCGCUUCCUGCAGGAAUACUACCACGUGGCACACAAGGGGGCAGGGUUGGUGCUGACCCAGCAGCAGCGGAAGCAAUGCCAGAACCUGCUGCGGCGCCUGGCACAGCAGCUGCCCCAGCUUGACAUGGAAGGCAAGCUCAACGUCUGGAUCCUCAAGCCUGGCGCUGAAUCCCAAGGCAGGGGCAUUGUCUGCACAACGCAGCUGGAGGAGGUGCUGCAGCUGGCACGGAGCUGCAUGGCACCCUCGGUUCAGGUGGGCAGAUGGGUGGUGCAGAAGUACGUGGAGCGGCUGCUGACCAUCUUUGGCACCAAAUUCGACAUCCGGCAAUGGUUUGUUGUGACUGACUGGAAGCCACUGACUGUCUGGUUCUACCGAGAUUGCUACCUGCGCUUCUGCUCCCAGCCCUUCUCCCUGUGUCACCUGGAGCGUGCCAGGCACCUCUGCAACGUCUCUGUCCAGAAGUGGUACAAGACGUCACCAGACCAGGACCCCCGUGUGCCCCCUGACAGGAUCUGGUCCAACGAGCAGUUCCAGAAAUACCUGGCACAGCUGGGGCAGGCAGACGCUUGGCACCAGAUGCUGGUGCCCGGCAUGAAGGCGGCGAUCCUGAACACGCUGCGCAGCGCCCAGCACCAGGUGCGCUUCCGCAAGGGCAGCUUUGAGCUCUACGGGGCUGACUUUAUUGUCGGGGAGGACUUCCAGCCCUGGCUGCUGGAGAUCAACUCCUGCCCUACCAUGAGCCCCUCCUCGGCGGUGACCCGACGGCUCUGUGCCAAUGUCCAGCGGGACACGCUGCGCCUCGUGCUCGACCGCAAGGACAACCCCACCUGUCCCAUUGGAGCGUUUGAGCUCAUCUACAAGGAGGCAGCUGUGCCCAAGCCUCUGUCAACACGUGUGAAGCUGAUGGUCAAAGGCUGUUCCCUGAAGAAGCUCCACCCAGCACAGCAGCAAGACCAGAACAAGCCCCCCACCACUGUGGCCACUGCCCUCCAUCACCCUGUGUCCCCAGGGCCCAGCACCACCCACGUACCCAAGAAAGCACAGCAUCAGUUCCUCACCAUGGUGCCUUGUGUCCCCAAGCUCCUCCUGUCACCAGGGGUCAGAACCACCAAGGCUCCCCAGAGAACACGGCAUCGCUCUCCUACCACGAUGCCCACUGCCUCCAAGCAGUCUGUGUUGCCAGGGGGCAGAACCACCCAGGUAACCCAGCCCAGAGCAGCAACAAAGAAGCUGCCUCCUCUGGAGCAACAGAACCACUGCUCUUCCUCCAGCUCUGACCCCCCAGCACCACCAAAGCUCCAGGUCUCCUCUGCUGAGAGCCAGGGUCUGCCAUGGCUCAGUUGCCUGCCUGGGCAGCCCCAGGCUGCACAGCCCCGGAUCAACGGCUGUCCCAUGAAUUGGGUGCCUGUGCCACCACCCCGGGGAACCCCCAGCAACCCCUGGCUAUCCCAGGGUUGUGCACGCUCCUUCCGUCCUGCCAAGCCCCAGCAACAACCUCCGUCUGCACAGAGCACCAAGACCCUGUGCCUGGAGCAGAAGCACACGGCAGUUACCACUGGGAUAAAGAAGACUUGGGACACUAAGACACCCCCAGGAGUGGACAGAGCUCCACCUGUCCUUUGUUAGGCCAACAGUGCAGCACUUCUCAUCCCAAAGAGUUCCCACUGCUGUGUUGUGGUACCCACCUCCUCCCUCAUGCGUGCUUUAAAAUAAUUCUGUGAUAAGGAGUCUGUCUCAGACCUUCUGUGCAUGAGAGCUGUGGAGAGAGCUAGGACUGCCCCUGGAAUGGGGUUGUGGGUGGGAACUGGGGCUGCCAGGGCAGAGAGCAGGCAGGAAAAGCUGCCUCUGCUUCUGCCUGUGGUCGCCCCUGCCAGACAGCUGCAGUGGGUGCUGACAGUGCUGCAUUCUAGCACUUGGAACCAGGGCAGGCAGAGAGUGGUGG